GUCAUUGUUGUUUGGGUUGGGACCAAUAAUCACGAAAACACAGCAGAAGAAGUCGCAGGCGGCAUCGAGGCUAUCGUGCGCCUGAUAAACACCCAGCAGCCACAGGCCAAAGUCAUCGUGCUGGGCCUGCUACCUCGUGGGGAGAAGCCAAACCCGCUGCGGCAGAAGAACGCCAAGGUGAACCACCUGCUGAAGGCCUCGCUCCCCAAAAUGCCCAACGUCCAGCUCCUGGACGUGGACGCCGGCUUCGUGCACUCGGAUGGCACCAUCUCCUACCACGACAUGUUUGAUUUCCUGCACCUGACGGGAGGGGGCUACGCCAAGAUCUGCAAACCCCUCCACGAACUGAUCAUGCAGCUGCUGGAGGAGACCCCCGAGGAGAAACGAGCUGCCCUGGCCUGAGCAGCCGCUCCCAGCGCUAACAGCAUCACCCAGCCCAUCAGAUCAGUUCUGUCACUGGCACUACAGAAUCCUUCUUUCUUAAAGCACUUUCCAUUGUAGAAUGUUACCGGAUGUUCGUACCUAGUGUUUUGAGGGGGAAGGCUCAUGUUUAGCUCCUCUUGCCCGUGCGAGGGCCGGCUUGGUUGGUUUUAUUGCAGGAGGAAAUUAGCUGAAGAAGAGUUUUACUUUUAAACCAUUCCUCAUUCACACCGAGAACAGGACUGUCGCUCUGUGCCCCUCCCGUGUCUCGUUGCUCUGUGGUUGUCCUAGCACCCCCGUAGCCUGUCUCCGGCAGCCCGCGCCACUCCCGCCUCGCCGGCCGUGCUCCGCGUGUCAGCCUGUGAACAAGAAUCACAUU